CCCUUGUGUUAUAUUAUUUCCUCAUCGUGUAGUUUGGAAUUUAAAUGGCACACGUACCUGUUAAAUCGUGUAAUGGAUGGUGUUGAGAUUCGGGUUUUUUGAUUUUUUUACAAGAGAACCUCUUCGUUUAGUUCAGAUCCAGCUAAUAACUGCACCUCCUUUCCGGUAGUGGGCAGUACCGUACCGUGGUUGUCUUGUGAGAGGGAUGUUUGCGGAAGUACGUCCACGAGUUUCGGAGGUAUCUAGUUUUGGUGAAGGGUACUUCUCUGUGAUAACUGCAUGGACAUUGACAUACUCUAGUCAGCACAAACAAGCAGGCGACGUGUUUCGGUUUGAACAAAGUCUGUCAGUGGGACCCUUUGACUCCUUUGAAGUGCGUCAAUGUCCGUGAACUUGUGUCUGACUGUUUGAGUCUCCUCUUUGGGCGCAACUAGCCUAGGCUAUUGGCUCAAAAGUGGGACAGGAGAACACAGUGUGAACAUGGCCCGACCUCUGCAGGUCCUCUCACUCCUCUCCAGGCUUGGCGCUCUGUGCGCGACGCCCUCAGUUUCUAUCAACAGCUGUCGAUCGGCGAGCAGAGGAGCCAGCAGGGCAAGGAUGGGACCGAGCCCUGUGCACAGAGACAGAGCAUCGAACAGAGCUCACGGCGAUGACAUGUCUGUUGAUGAUGAACUGGAGGAUGUAGAAGACAAGCUACAGGCCGUGGUUGAUGAGGCGAGAAAGGGGCAGAGGACUUUAAAGUAUCAUAUACUGAGAAGGCAGAUGACUCCACCAGGAGCUCCACAGAGGAAGCUAACGUGGGAUGCCAUUGAGCAGAUCAGAUAUCUGAAGCGAGAGCAACCAGAUGAGUGGACAGUACAGCGUCUGGCUGAGGGCUACUCUGUCACCCCUGAUGUCAUCCUGAGAGUCCUCAGGAGCAACCACGUCCCCGCUCCUGAUAGAAAAAUAAAGCAGGAUGCCAAAGUAAUGUCUGGUCUCGGGCAGCCAGCGCUGCCUUCAGGUGCUGGGACAGAGCAGAAUAGGCUGAAGUUGCCUGGACACCACACAUCAGCUGCACUCCCACCUGGAAGUAGAGAACGUGCAGUGGUGCCUGUGGCUGAGCAGACUGUGAUGCUUCGAGGUGACGGUACAGGAUCCCUGGCAAAGAUUCCCGCCCCUGCUACUCUGCAGGCCACCCAGUUCAGAGCUGGUAGUAAAGACGUCGCUGUGACGAGAUCGGAAGAAGAGGACGGCGCGUCUAACACAAAUCCUUCAAAGGACGACAAAGAGGACGAGGAGAGCUGGGAUGGACAGCUGUUGACAGAUAAAGAACUUGAAGAGUUUAUGGAAAAGCCUUACCCUGUGGUGCAAGUUGGCAAUGAAUUCUUUGAUGGAGAGGGCAACCUUUUGUAUAGAAUCUGAGGACUUCCUGCGUUGAACUGUUGACUGACCAUGUGUGAUGUUCAGGUUGGCAUUAUGACAAUUAUGUAUCUGCUCAGUGACCUUCUAAACAGAUUAUUACUAAACAGGCAAAAUAAAACAAUUUUCAAUGCAUUUGUUCAACUCUGAUGAAACUACAGUUGUAAUUUAAGGAUAUUUCAUCCGACAACCAGAAUGUGUUUUGGUAACGGAUCCCUUUGUAAACAGUUUUAUGUUGCUGUAAAAUAAGAGCCGGGUGACAAAAAUAGAGGAACUUGUGAAUUUAUUGGGCAAACCCAAAGAAAAUUGCCGCAAAUAUACAGGAGAGAGAAACAAAGGUGUGACCUUGUAUAUUUACAGAACCAUCACAAUGACUUAUUAAUUUAUACAGCAGUUUUAAACAGUAAGAAAAAUGUGAUACUUUCACUUAAUGCAAUAAACUAUUAUACAAUAACUUGCCAAGUGUCUCGCAGUGUAUAGCAGCUACAUAAUAACCCUGUAUCCACUCUGUUUUUAAUCUCAUCCAAAUUUCAAUUAUGUAUCAUACCAAGACAUGAAAGAGAGAAUAACCAGGUUAUUGUGGGCUGUUUUCCUUUACGAAGCUCUGUGGAUUUAAAUAGAGUCAACAUGCAGUUUAAUGAGAGCUCGUAUGAAACACAUGUACGUCACUGCUCAAGGAUUCAAUUUAGGCAACAAGUGCAACUUCAGGGUGUCACUGACAUACUGGAUGGAACUGGUUACACAUUAGUUGAUAUAAAUAGUAAAGGGAUGCUGGCCACGCAUCGGGAGAGCCUCGCAUCACAUCCUCACAACAGGCACUUGUAUAACCACAUCCAAUUUACUGCACUCUGAAUCUGCAAGUCGCAAAUAAAUAAAACCUGCAUGAGAGCAACGUAUUUAACACAAGACAGACAAAUAAUUGUGCAACAAAUGUUUGAAAGAAAGAAAAAUAACUAAGACUUUGCGUGAUAGACAAGACAGAUCUGUUGAGAGGCAUUGACCAAUCCAGUUGAGCUUUAAAAUGGCAGCAGUAUCGGGAUGAUUAAAAGAAGAAAAAACAGCAGUUCACUUUGAAAUGAAACUUUUUUUAACAACCCUGUUUUUGUGUGAAUUUGCUCCACCUCAGAUGCAAAUACCAAUUAAAAACAGUCCCAACAACCACGUCUGUUAACUCUAAAAGGCGACUACACUUUUAAUUAUGCUAUACAACAUUUACAUGAUUGACUUUUCUUUUCUUAUUGCUCCUAUGCUUCUGUCGCCAAAUCACAUUGAUGUAUUCAGUUAUCUGAAUCUGAUGUAAAAAAUAUCUGCAGAUAUUUACUAUCAAACUAUAAUUAUUUCUGUCAUUUCUGAACAUCUUCGAACCACACUUUGUUAAAACAAGUUCAAAAGUUCGUUAGUACAAAAACUGCUCAAAUGAUUAUAAACACGACUUGUAUACGACUACAGUGAUUAUUACAGUCUUGUCACAUUAAUCAUUAGGUCACAUUUAGGAAAAAUGUUAAAACUACAAACUCUAGGCAUACAAAGGACCUUGUGCUUUGGGCAGUUACAACUGCAGACAUACAUUUUUGAACAAAUCC